AUGUCAUCGCGCCAGGGCCCCCUUGGCCUUCAAUCAUCCAGAACAUCCGACGCAACAAUCCAUAGUCGGUCUCCACCGCCUGCUGCUCCUGUAUUCACCGGAGCAUUUUUUGACCGGACUCCGGACGCUGCUAGAGCAAGGGCAGCAUACUUCAAAGUCCUCGCCGGCGGAUUAGUUCUGCUCACAAUUACAAUCUUUGCCGUCCUCAGUAUAUAUUGGGGUGCAUUGUGGCGCACCGACCGUUUCAUUCAUAACUUGAACGGUUGGAUUGUGGACUUCGAUGGUGGUGAUAUCGGCGCCGCCGUUGUGCAGAAUUUCCUAGGCGUUCGUGGCGAGCCCAUGAAAAUCUCAUGGGAGGUCAGACCAGCAAGCGACUUCCCUAACGGUGUCGAUGAUCUUGCUCAGGCAGUCAUCGGCGAGCGUUGCUGGGUUGCACUUUCGAUCAAUCCAAACGCUACUGCGAGACUCAACGCCGCAGUAGCCUCGUUGGACGCGAACUAUGAUGGCACCAGCGCUGUGACUGCGUUCGGCGUAGAAGCCCGCAACGAAGAUGCAUACCGCGUUCUUCUUAAACCAAAUAUUGAUAUUCCCAUGGAUCAACUUUCCUUGAACUUUGCAAACCAGUUUGCUCGUACACUCAUCAGCAGACAAAUUGAUAUCAGUACUGUUCUUUCUACUGCUCCUCAACUUAUCACACGCCCGGCAUAUUUCACCCUUCGCAAUCUGCGGCCUUUCGAUAUCCCAGUAGCUAGUGCAGUCACGUUUGUGGGCUUGAUAUACCUUUUGAUCAUCUCUGGUAUUGCCAAUGGCGCUCGACUUGCUGCCGGCUUCGAGCAGCGCCUUUCCUUACCAUCUUUGAUCUCUACAAGGAUCGUGACUUCGAUCUCAAUGUACUUUAUUCUCUCGCUAUUCUACUCGCUACAGAGUCUAGCGUUCCAGUUACCAUUCCAUCGUCGUUUCGGUCACCCUGGGUUCCUCGUAUUCUGGAUGCUCAUGUGGUUUGGGAUGACAGCACUUGGAUUAGCUGUAGAGGCCAUGUUCACGUUGCUUACUCCACGCUUCAUCCCAUUCUUCUUGGUGUUGUGGAUAAUAAGUAACGUCUCAACUUGUUUCUAUCCUCUGGAAACCUUGCCGGCAUUCUACCGAUACGGCUACGCAUCACCAUUUUACAACGUCUCCCGGGGCAUUCGCACUAUCGUGUUCAGUACCCGCAACAUGCUGGGGUUGAACUUCGGCGUCCUCAUUGCGUGGAUCGCCGUUUCCUGUAUCACUAUUCCGCUCACCUCGUGGUUUGUGCGGUCACGACAAAUUGCAGCGCUGAGAAGCCAGAAGCAGCAAUAG